GCCCGCCGUCCGUCAGACUUCGCUUUGCAAGGGAGCCGAUUUAUACGGAGCAUUACUACCAAGCACAUCUUGGCAUAGACAAGAGACGUCUCGUUGAACAACACGGUCGACCGAGCAUAACACUACUUUAGAGAUAAGGGACGGUAAGCUGAUAAUGGAAUCUUCUUGCUCAAAACUUCACACUCGUUCAGAUAGUAUGUCAGGUACCAGACUUCGAUGGACACACCGCUUGCGUUCAGGCUUGAUACCAGCCUGCGCCAUUCCGGACCUUUCCCAGUUUCAGCAGCACAGAAUGUGGUGGUAUGGUUACAACAUCUCCGGUAAGCUCGAAAAAUUGGGCAACUGCCUCAAAUGCUCGCCGCUGCAUACAACAACUAUAUAGAGCAGAACUUUUUCCUCCCCGU